AUGGCUGCAAAUAUUGCGCGCUUGGCAGCACAGGUCCAUAUUACAGCAACCCCUGGGCCAAAGAAUCUAGCAGAGAGCAGAUUGAUCCUGGGAGCGCUCCAGAAAUUCGGAGAGGUACUGACGUACCGCAACCUCAAGUACGACACAAGCAAUACCUCCACGCACUCUAAUCGGCCUAUUGUUGCCAUAUUUGAGACUGCCGAUGCAGCAGAGCGUGCAAUAGCAUCUUCUCCCAUAACGAUUGGCCCCCCAACUCCUCCAUCCACGCACACCACGCCUAAUACUGCCCUUUCGUCCGAACCACAGUCCCUUACAUUCGAAAUCCAAACCUCACGCCACAACCAUGCCUCGGCCCUGAAACGAAGUCCCUUCUAUUCCACAUACAAUCUCUUCAAGAAUAAUCCCAUCUAUGAGGAUCUGAUCAGCAGCGAGACGGGGAUUCCGCUCAAGGAAUUGGCUGAUACCCUCGCAAGUAAGAAGUAUCCCAUCGGACCCGGUGUGAAGAGCAAUAUCCAAGAGGAGAAUCGGCAGAUGGGGGCCACGAGCCUCGCCAAUAUGUGGAAAGAAGGAAUGGGCAUGGACGUGGAUGGACAUCCGUUUGGUGAAGGACAGGGUGCAAGUAUCCGAGAACCUGGGGACAUCAAUGAGAAGCCAGCGGACGCGGCUUGA